GGUGGUUUGUUUCUCGGCGGAGGACUCUUCAGACUGUACAGUUCCGUCCAUUGAAAAGCCCUAGUUGUGGAUGAUUAUAAGCUGAAUUUGCUGCCACGUGGUGUUUGUGUUUUUGAUAUAAUCUCUCUGGUAUAGCAAGUUUGCUUUGUAAGCUAGCAGUUAACUUUUGUGAGUUUUCUUCAUUCAGCUGUGGCACAGACUCUAUACAGCUCGAGAAAACAGCUGCCUGUUGUUUCGGUGUAGAUAGUCAAAUUUGGUUGAAACCAGUGUUUAUUCGCACUUGAAAUCAUAACACACGCAGGUAUGGACGGAAUUGAACAAGUUUCUCCUACUGAGAUUUGUCCAGACCGAUCCCAGCUUGUGUCUGAAGAUGGGAAAAACACGAAGUCAGUUCUUUGCCAGUGGUGUGGUUCUAAAGUCUUGUGUCCGGGUACGGCGCUGUUUGCUGAAAAGGAGCUGUUUCUACCAUCGAUGCGGAAGAAGACGGAGUCAGAGAGUAUCGCCCUGACGGAAGGCAGUGUGGAUGGGGAAACGCUGACUGCGCACUGGCUGGUAGAUGACAUGUACACCUUUGAGAAUGUGGGAUUCACUAAAGAUGUGGGCAAGGUCAAAUACCUGAUCUGUGCAGACUGUGAGAUUGGGCCUAUCGGCUGGCACUGCCUGGAUGACAAGAAGAGCUUCUAUGUGGCACUGGAGAGGGUCAACCAUGCCUGAUGACUUUGUGGCAGACAGACCACAGCAUUGCAUUGUGGGGGGGGGGGGGGGCGUUAGUGUCAGCGGUGUUACAGCCACCUAAAAGCCUCCCACUGUGACUACUGUUGUACAGGGUUUUCACCUACUACUGUUGUGAUUAUGGGAAUGGCCUACUCUUCAGUCUCUCAGUGACCACAAGUCGCCUUUUACUGGCUCAGUGACUGGUGGUGGUCUGUGUUAGUUCUGAAGAAAAUAAUAUCUAUGUAACUCUUAAGUAUUGAUUUUGAGACAUGUUUUUUUCUUUCCAAAAAUAUUUCAGAAUCGAACCUUACACAAUUGAUUAACAUAACAUUUCUGCCCUUCCAUCAUUUCAAACGAUACAGGUACUUCAGGCUUUAGUAUAAUGUCAGUGACAACAUUGUUAGUCUUCACACAAUUCCUAAUAGAUUCUAGAACUUCCGUGUUUAUGUGCUCUUCUUCAAAAUCAAUCUAAUAGUCUUAUUUUGGCCUUUGUAGUCUGUUACGCAAAGCAAUCUAGAAAGGAAUAUGGGAAAAUUAUUACCACCUCCAAGAGGAAGAUGUUCUCCCAGGAUGCUCUGUGAAGAGGAUAAAGAGUGCACCCUGCUUUGGCAUUGGUGAUGUUGCAUUGUUGCUGAUACAACAGUGGGACUGACACAGUUAUAAUGAAUACUGAUGGGUUUAUGUCUUCAGUUGUAAUGAUGCAGCCGCACACUGACCCUCAACCCGCCUGACAGUGGUUUCCAUUCCCCUUCACUGAGUGCUUUCUGGCAGAUUCACCAUCACUGCCAACUCUGGAUUCCCAAUAAGGUGUAUGCCAUCUGCACUGGAAUAACAAAUUAAACUUUACUAAAAAAAAUGA